CCCCGGAUCCAGCCCCGCCAUCGUCAUCUCCCCUCCAGCCGUGCUUUUCCGGAAGGCAGCGCUGCCCCUACCCCCGCCGCGCUGGGCCUGGCUCCUCUUGACCUGCUUGGAGCCGCCCCAUCUGGCUGCUGUUCUGGGUUCCAGGACAGCCACGUGAGGGCUGUUUACAGAGGGAAGGAAGUGGCUCCUAACAGAGGACAGAUGAUUCUCAAAAGACACCUGCUUUUCCUGUAGAACAGACUUUUUCAGCGGGAUUUACCUUUCAGUGAAACAUGAUUUGACUUGAAAAGGAACCCAGGGAGAAGUCUGAGACCACAGCUGUCCGGGUGUGAGCGUGAGCGGGUAGAGGUGUGCCCUUGUUUGCCUCAGGCUGUCUGAUUUUCUCAGGCUGAGUUUUUUCUGUUUCUGUCCAUGGAGGAAGAGAAAGAUGACAGCCCAGAGGCUGGCUUCUGCCUGGGCACCGCUCUGCACUCUUGGGGGCUGUGGUUCACGGAGGAAGGUUCACCGUCCACCAUGCUGGCGGGGAUUGCGGUUGGAGCCCUUCUGGCCCUGGUCUUGGCUGGUGUUCUCAUCCUUUUCACGUUCAGAAGGCUUAGCCCAUUUCGACAAGCACAGCCCACUCCUCAGUACCGGUUCCGAAAGAGAGACAAAGUGAUGUUUUACGGCCGGAAGAUCAUGAGGAAGGUGACCACGCUCCCCAACACCCUGGUGGAGAACACUGCGCUGCCCCGGCAGCGGGCCAGGAAGAGGACCAAGGUGCUGUCUUUGGCCAAGAGGAUUCUGCGUUUCAAGAAGGAAUACCCGGCCCUGCAGCCCAAGGAGCCCCCGCCCUCCCUGCUGGAGGCCGACCUCACGGAGUUUGACGUGAAGAAUUCUCACCUACCAUCGGAAGUUCUGUACAUGCUGAAAAAUGUUCGGGUCCUGGGCCACUUUGAGAAGCCGCUGUUCCUGGAGCUUUGCAAACACAUCGUCUUUGUGCAGCUGCAGGAGGGAGAGCACAUCUUCCGGCCCGGGGCGCCAGACCCCAGCAUCUGUGUGGUGCAGGACGGGCGGCUGGAGGUCUGCAUCCAGGACGCUGAUGGCACCGAGGUGGUGGUGAAAGAGGUUCUGGCGGGAGACAGCGUCCACAGCCUGCUCAGCAUCCUGGACAUCAUCACCGUGAGUCCCCGCUGCCUGGCCCUCAGAGCGCCCCUGGGUCAGCCCAAGAGGCCUGGUUUUCUCUGUCUUGCCUGGACAGCUGGCAGUGGUUAAAGGCCAGUUCUCUACAGUGACGUGAGGGGAGUGGGGUUUGGUCCAGGACGGAGGGAGGAAGGAGGAGGGAGCUUCAUUCUGGCCACAGUGCAUUGAAGAAUAGCCGGGCAUGUGGUUAAGGGUUUUAGUUGUCUCUUAAAUGACUGUUUUUGAACUGGGCAAUAAAUGCGUGUGGUUCAGCAUUCAAAAAGCACAAAGCAUCGUACAGGGAAGGUGUUUCUCUUCUCCUCAGGCCCAAGGCCCUCCCCGGGGACCUGCCACCCCGUUUCCUGCAGGUCCUGCUGGGCUCUUCCCUGCUGGCGCCGUCUUUCUGUGACUCCCAGUCUUUCGCUUUUCGUUGUUGCAGUGAAUGGUCUCCUGUGCCCAUCGUUGCCGGUACGGGAGCCUGAUCUGCAGGAUAAAUUCUAGGGUGGACUUGCUGGGUCCCAGGGGAUGCACACUUGUAAUUUUGAAAGGUGCUGCCGGGCUGAGCAUGGUGGCUCACGCCUGUAAUCCCAGCACUUUGGGAGGCCGAGGCGGGUGGAUCACGAGGUCGAGAGAUUGAGACCAGC